GACAUAAUAAAUAUGUAUAUGAAGACGCAAUUCUAAUUUAGUUACUUCUAUCAAGAAGCAGAGAUCAUCCUAUCUUUUCGUCUACACAAAUAUCUUUAUCCGACUUUCUCGUAAUCAAACUUCCAAUUUUGAAAAUCUUUUAGACAACUGGAAUAAUCAUGAACCCCAAAAUCGUAUUGCUUCUCGUUGUUUUAAUCGCAUUUGUUUGUGGAGCCCCUCAAGAAAAGCGAGGGAGGUAUUUCGAAAAGGCGGAGAGCGGAGACUACAGAUACGGGUAUGGGACGAGGAACGGUGAUAACGUCGAACAGGAAGCUACGAUCAAACUUGGUCCCGUUUUGGAAGAUGGAACGCAAAACAUGAUCCCGGUUGUUCGAGGGUCAUACUCGUUUGUGGAUAAUUUCGGGAAAAAGCAUGAAGUGCGAUAUGAAGCCGAUGAAAAUGGGUUCCGCGUUUUGGAGUGAAGUAUUUUCAUGCGAUUUAAAUAAUUACCCAUUCUGAGAAGGGCCAUAUUUUUGAAAUCAGUUCUUGUUUAUUAUGAAUUAUAAAAUGGUUUUAUUGUUAUAAGGGUUGUGACUUGUGGCUGAUAUUUGUACUCUGAUCCUAAUAAAUAAAUGGUUCUUAUACUUGUAUGCAUACAUGCA